AACCACUCUUUAUUUGAACUAAAAACCCCAAGUAGAAUUAAUCAGUUAAAAUCGUUAAACCCAAACAAAACCCACCGACCGGAACAGCCACUACUUCAGUUGAGUCCCAAUUCCCAAAGGAGCCAAAGUCCAAUCUUCAUACCCAGAGCGCUGUUGGUUCAUUUCCUUUUGACAUCCGAUCCGAAUACAUGUCUUCAUCUGCAAUUCUAAUUUAUCUUCAACCUCUCUCUUAAUGAACUUCACUAAAUUCUCAAUAAUUUUGUACCCAUUCCAUCACAAGAGCGACAAGACACUGAUCGCACCGCCUCAAGAACCAAAAAAACCCAGUUCAAUAGUUUAUCAAAAUGGCCUAUUUUUUACUCUCUCGAGCUUCACGCACCAGAUUAUUAAUACCCUCUCUGUCUCUCUUGACCAACACCACUAAAUCAACCAUCAUCUCUCACUCUCAUCCCAUUUUAAACCCUAAUUUAAACCCAUUUUCUCUCUUUCAACGUUGUACUCCGAAUCUCGAAGAAAGUCUUAGAUUUGUCUCCAUUGCUAGAAUUUGUACUACCCCUUCAGGUUUAGCCAAGAAAGAAGAGAAAGAGACUAGUAAUAAUAGCAAUGACAUUUCAUGGAUUGACUUGUAUCUACCCAGAGCAGCCAGGCCUUAUGCGAAGCUUGCCCGCCUCGAUAAGCCCAUUGGGACUUGGCUGUUGGCUUGGCCUUGUAUGUGGUCGAUUACAAUGGCGGCUGCCCCUGGACAGCUCCCUGAUUUGAAGAUGUUGACUCUAUUUGGCUGCGGUUCUCUGCUCUUAAGGGGUGCUGGAUGUACCGUUAAUGACCUCCUUGAUAGAGAUAUUGAUACGAAGGUGGAACGUACAAAGUUGAGGCCAGUUGCAAGUGGUCUUUUGACACCAUUUCAAGGGCUUUGUUUUCUUGGAUUUCAAUUGCUUUUGGGUCUUGGGAUUCUCCUUCAAUUGAAUAAUUAUAGCCGUAUUUUGGGGGCUUCAUCCUUGUUGCUAGUCUUCUCUUACCCCCUCAUGAAGAGGUUCACCUUUUGGCCUCAAGCGUAUCUGGGCUUGACCUUUAAUUGGGGAGCCUUAUUAGGAUGGGCUGCAGUUAAAGGGAGUUUAGAUCCCUCUGUUGUGUUCCCAAUGUAUGUUGCGGGAGUAUUUUGGACACUUGUGUACGACACGAUAUAUGCACAUCAGGAUAAAGAAGAUGAUCUGAAAGUCGGUGUGAAAUCUACUGCUUUAAGAUUUGGGGAUUCAACUAAGGAGUGGAUUUCUGGGUUUGGAAUUGCAUGCAUUAGCGGUCUUGCCCUCAGUGGAUUUAAUGCUGAUAUUGGGUGGCCUUAUUAUGCACUUUUGGCAGCAGCAUCUGGACAUCUAGGUUGGCAAAUACGGACGGCUGACCUUUCAAGCCGUGCUGAUUGCAAUAGAAAAUUUGUGUCCAACAAAUGGUUUGGUGCUAUAGUUUGUAGUGGGAUUCUAUUUGGAAGACUCGUGCAAUAAAGAUGUUGCCUCCUCCCAGGUGGAACUGCAGGGCGUUGUGUUGUAGAUUUCAAAUGCUGGGACAGGCUUAUUUACUAACUUGGAAAUAGAUUAUAAGUCGGCCAUUUUUGCUGCAUUUGAAAAGGAUAUUUAGAAAUUUACAUUUCAAGAGUCAAGAUCAUUUUUUGUAUACGAAACCAGAUUGAUUUUGUUGUAGUAUUCAUUAAAUGAAUGUUGGUUAUAGAGGAAAAAUAGGUGAAAUUUCUUUACAAUGAACAUUAACAUUUUUCCUUGGGUCAAAGAUUAUAGAAAUUUUGUGUCCAUAUAUUCGGCAUGUUGUUCCUUAGCUGUACCCUGUCAAUGUUGAG